CGAAACGGUCACAGCGCUUGGGUUGGUUUAGAAAAAAAGAAACACGCUUGUGCAAAAACUACUUUUGUACAAAGUACUUCCGGUGGGGUCACGGACUAGCUUUUCUGAGCGGAUUUUUCCCGUGUUCGCCGACGGCUGUUUUCCUCCCAUGUGAGCGUGUUCUCGUAGUUUCUGCGUUUCUCCUGUAAAUAUUUUUCGUUAACAGCCGCUUUCCUCAAACCGCUCACUCUCUGCACGACUUUACGACGCGCUUAGACAAGCGAGGCAAAAGAGGAAGCAAUAGCCAACCAUCUUUCGUCUCCUGCCAGCAAUAACAAGACAGCGACGAGGCUAGGUUCAAGAGGAGCUUCUGUAGUUUGUGAUUUAUUGUCUGUUUUAUACAGGAUAGAGGACUUUGGUUUAACCUCUCCGCGUUAAGGCAGAUAAAAGCUCUCGGACGCUGAGCUUUCCCCCCCCUCCCGGCGACCCUGGAAGUUUCCGAUCAGAAGACUGACUGUUAAGAAUUAGUAUUCCCGUUUUUUCAUGUUUCCAACAGGUUUAUCUUCCCCUAAUCCCCCACCACCGCCAACCCAGGAGGCUAGACCCGCGGCUACUGAUGUCAAAACCGACAGCGGUAACAUCACAUCUUCGAAAAAGAGGAAAAUAAACGGCUCCGAGAGGGAAGACACUAGUGACACGAUCUCCUCUUCGCCUCCAAAGACCCUGAAUUCCUCCUCCUCCUCCUCCUCUUCCUCUUGCUCUCCCACUCCGCUGCACAUUCAGAAGAAGUUGAGGUUUGAGGAUUCAGUGGAUUUUAUUGGACUCGAUGUGAAAAUGGCUGAGGAGGCUGCUGCUGCUGCUGCUGCUGCUUCGUGCUCCAAUAACAAAAGCAAAGCCAUGUUCCUGCCCGGCGGCGUGGGGCACCACGCAAACGGACUGACGAAAACUGCAGGAUCCACCACCUUCUCCAACAGUAAACCCGGUGCUGCCAAGAAACUAGUCAUCAAGAACUUCAGAGAAAAACCCAAAUUGCCCGAGAACUACACGCAGGAGACCUGGCAGAAGCUGAAGGAGGCGGUGGAGGCCAUACAGAACAGCACGUCAAUCAAAUACAAUCUAGAGGAGCUCUACCAGGCUGUGGAAAACCUCUGCUUCCAUAAGAUCUCUGCCAAGUUGUACAAACAGCUGAGGGCCGUGUGUGAAGACCACAUCAAGGCACAAAUUGAUCAGUUCAGAGAGGAUGCCCUGGACAGCGUGCUUUUCCUGAAGAAAAUUGACAAGUGCUGGCAAGAUCACUGCAGACAAAUGAUCAUGAUUAGGAGUAUAUUCCUGUUUUUGGAUCGCACCUACGUUUUACAGAAUUCCAUGCUGCCAUCAAUUUGGGACAUGGGUCUGGAGCUGUUCCGGUUCUACAUCAUCAGCGAUCUGAAGGUUCAGAGCAAAACCAUCGACGGGAUUCUGCUGCUCAUUGAGAGGGAGCGAAACGGAGAGGCGAUAGACCGCAGUCUGUUGAGGAGCCUGCUGAGCAUGCUCUCUGACCUUCAGAUUUAUCAAGAGUCCUUUGAGCAACGCUUUCUGGAGGAAACUAAUCGACUGUACGCUGCAGAGGGACAGAGGCUGAUGCAGGAGAGAGAGGUACCAGAAUAUCUCCAUCAUGUUAACAAGCGCUUGGAGGAGGAGGCUGACAGAGUAAUCACGUACCUAGACCAGAGCACACAAAAAUCGCUCAUCGCUAGUGUGGAGAAGCAGCUGCUUGGUGAACAUCUCACGGCAACUCUGCAAAAAGGUCUGACCAACCUGCUGGAUGAGAACAGAAUUCAGGAUCUGUCUCUCCUCUAUCAGCUCUUCAGUCGAGUGCGUGGUGGUGUUCAGGUGCUCCUGCAGCACUGGAUAGAAUACAUAAAGGCUUUUGGAAGCACAAUCGUAAUCAAUCCGGAAAAAGACAAAACCAUGGUGCAGGAGUUGCUGGACUUUAAAGAUAAAGUGGAUCUCAUCAUCGACGUGUGUUUCAUGAAGAAUGAGAAAUUUGUUAAUGCCAUGAAGGAAGCUUUUGAAACAUUCAUCAACAAACGGCCAAAUAAACCUGCAGAGCUCAUAGCAAAACAUGUGGAUUCAAAGCUGAGGGCAGGAAACAAAGAGGCCACGGAUGAAGAGCUGGAGAAGAUGCUGGAUAAGAUCAUGAUUAUCUUUAGAUUCAUCUAUGGAAAAGAUGUUUUCGAGGCGUUUUACAAAAAGGACCUGGCUAAGAGGUUGCUGGUUGGAAAAAGUGCCUCUGUUGAUGCUGAAAAAUCAAUGCUGUCAAAGCUUAAACACGAAUGUGGAGCAGCGUUCACCAGCAAGUUGGAGGGGAUGUUCAAGGACAUGGAGCUUUCUAAGGACAUCAUGGUGCAGUUCAAACAGUAUAUGCAGUGCCAAAACAUUCCCGGCAAUAUCGAGCUGACAGUGAAUAUCCUCACUAUGGGCUACUGGCCAACGUACGUCCCUAUGGAAGUGCACCUGCCACCUGAGAUGGUGCGACUGCAGGAGAUCUUCAAGACUUUCUACCUGGGCAAACACAGUGGCAGGAAGCUGCAGUGGCAGUCGACGUUAGGCCACUGUGUCUUAAAAGCUGAAUUUAAAGAGGGCAAGAAGGAGCUGCAGGUGUCACUUUUCCAAACCCUUGUCUUACUGAUGUUUAAUGAGGGAGAAGAGUUCACCCUGGAAGAGAUCAAAGUGGCAACAGGAAUAGAGGACAGUGAACUACGGCGGACUCUUCAGUCACUUGCAUGUGGUAAAGCACGUGUCCUCACCAAAAUCCCAAAAAGCAAAGAUGUGGAAGAUGGGGACAAGUUUUCCUGCAAUGACGACUUCAAACACAAGCUCUUCAGGAUCAAAAUAAACCAGAUCCAGAUGAAAGAAACAGUGGAGGAGCAAGCCAGCACCACAGAAAGAGUCUUUCAGGAUCGUCAGUACCAGAUCGAUGCUGCCAUUGUGCGGAUCAUGAAGAUGAGGAAGACUCUGACCCAUAAUCUUUUGAUGUCUGAAGUGUACAGUCAGCUGAAGUUUCCCGUCAAGCCUGCUGACUUGAAAAAGAGAAUAGAGUCUCUUAUUGACAGGGACUACAUGGAGCGUGACAAGGAGAACUCCAACCAGUACAACUAUGUGGCUUAGAUGAAAGAAAGGUGGAUGCAGGUGGUCCAGUCAGGAAGAAAGCCGUUCUGAGUGCUCGGUCUCUAAAUCGUCUGCUCCAGUGGAUGUUAUCCAUUAUCAUCUUCAACCCAGCGACCGACAACUGAAUGGCUAUUGCUCCACAGGGUUUUUCGUCAGGGGUCUUGCGAUCCUGUGGACUGCAUGCCUAUUGAAAAGAGAAUAUUGUCCAUAUUUGUCAGUGCCUCUGAGAGAGCUGGGACAAAGAAGACACACAGAUAUUGUUCAGUUUGCUCUUUUUUUUUUCUUUUUUUUUAAUGGAGAGGAAAAGUAUUUAUUUUCAAACUUAGAUUCUUCUUUGUCCAUGGUUUGAAUCAAUAUGCUCUUUGUUAUCAAGUCACUAUUUUUUUUCUUCCUUUUUGUUCAUCCAGUAUCCCAGGCAAAUGCUAACACACCUAACAAUGCUCUAAAUGUACCACAUGUUUGAGAGAGAAAAAAGGAUAAAAAUUAAACUGAUGCUUGUUUCUUCUGUCAGUGUCAAAAGUGGGACUAACAUUUAAAGUAGGGAACUGGUAAUUUUGGGAAUUUCUGUGGCAAAUGUGUGAUCCUGCAUCAGCAAAGUUUUACAGUUUCAAGGCCAUGUAGCCCAGUGAUAUAGCUAUGUUUGUAAUCACACAAAAUGUGCCAAAAAUGGAGCACUUCUUGUUGUUAUAGGCUAUAAUGAAGCUGCUAAGGCAGCCCACUUGUAUAAGUAAACACAUUUAAGUUUCUCUUUUGCUUUUUCUUUGAAGGUCAUUUUUGUACAUGCACCACAAAGCAUUUUAAAUAAUCUGAGAUGGCAGUCCACUCUGUGUUAGGUUUUUGAUGACCCUUACUAAAAGCACAAUACGAUGAGAGUCCACAUUCAGUGUCAUUACUACACACUUUUUUUUUAAGUCUCCCUAUGAGGCUUACUGAAAAAUGGAUGGAAAAUGCCUCAACAUAUGAGGAAGACAAUGAUUGAUCAGAUAUGCCGUUGUUUGUAUGAGUCUGUUAGAUUUCUUCAGAUUAAAAUAACUGUUUCAGUG